UGUGUUGUAUGUGUUUGCGUGUUCUAUCAGUUUUGAAAGAGAAGAAGUUUCACCAAUGUCAUUAUACGCUGUCGGAGUCAGCUGUAAAAAGUUUUGUGUGCCCAAAGAACGCUUUAAAUGUAAAAGUGUCGCUUUUUAUUGUGAAAACGCUGGAGUUUGACUCGUUAUUGUAUGCGAGUGGUGAAUGCUAGCAUGCCCUUGUCGCGGACAAAGUCGUUGAUCACCAAUGGAACUACGAUAUCUCCCUGCAACGAUUCUUUUCUGCCACAGAUCAACGGUAAAAAUGGCCCCAGCCUGUGCUCGGAGAAAAACGAUUCGAUUUCGCGAUAUAAACAAGCUAGUCGGGUGUUUCAAAAUGGCGUCACGGAUAACUCGGCGCAACUUCCAGACGUUUGUCCUAACUCAAACGGCAGCAACGAUCAAUUGAGCAACAAAAACUCAAAGCCUACGAAGAGUCUGGGUGCCUCGCCGCAGCAGGUAAUGAAGUUGUAUAUGCACAAGCUUACUCCUUACGAGCACCACGAAAUAUUUUCAUAUCAGCAAGUGUAUUUCCUAGGGGCCAACGCCAAAAAGCGAUUGGGCGUCAUCGGAGCUCCCAACAAUAGCGGGUAUGAUGAUGAACAAGGUUCCUAUAUGCAUACACCUCAUGACCACAUAGCAUACAGAUAUGAAAUGAUUAAAAUCAUUGGCAAAGGCAGCUUUGGUCAAGUAAUCAAAGCUUAUGACCACAAAAAUCAUCAAAAUGUUGCUCUCAAAAUAGUGCGUAACGAGAAAAGAUUUCACAGGCAAGCCCAAGAAGAAAUAAGAAUAUUAGAUCAUUUAAGAAAGCAAGAUAAAGAUAACACAAUGAAUAUAGUUCACAUGCUGGAACAUUUUACAUUCCGUAACCACAUGUGCAUAACGUUUGAACUUCUCAGUAUUAAUUUGUAUGAAUUGAUUAAGAAAAACAAAUUUCAAGGUUUUAAUAUACAACUGGUGCGGAAAUUUGCUCAUUCUCUGCUCCAGUGCUUAGAUGUUCUGUAUCGAAACAAAGUCAUCCACUGUGAUCUUAAACCCGAGAACGUGCUGUUGAAACAGCCCGGUCGCAGCGGGAUUAAAGUGAUAGAUUUCGGAUCUAGUUGUUACGAAAAUCAGAGGGUGUAUUCUUACAUUCAGUCAAGGUUUUACCGUGCACCCGAGGUAAUUCUUGGCGGUAAAUAUGGAAUGGCCAUCGAUAUGUGGAGUUUGGGGUGCAUACUUGCCGAGCUUCUUACGGGUUAUCCGUUGCUCCCUGGCGAAGAUGAAGCCGAUCAGUUGGCGUGCAUAGUUGAGCUGAUUGGCAUGCCUCCUCCCAAACUAUUAGAGCAAUCCAAGCGGGCCAAAACUUUCAUAAGCUCAAAAGGUCAUCCUCGCUACUGCACCUCAAGUACACUGCCCGAUGGAACCAUCGUACUGAAUGGUGGCCGAUCUCGCCGUGGAAAGUUACGUGGACCUCCAGGCAGUCGUGAAUGGUCAACUGCUCUAAAAGGCUGUGAUGAUAUAUUAUUUAUUGACUUCCUAAAGCAGUGUUUAGAAUGGGAUCCUAGUGUACGAAUCACACCCCCGGCAGCGUUGAGACAUGGGUGGCUUCGCAGGAGGCUGCCCAAAGCUCCUGAAAAUUCUGUGUGUGAAACUGGUUCUAAAACUCUCAUGCUUCAAACGGUGGGUUCCGCUCGUACUAGCAUCAUAGCAAAAAUGAACACAAUCGGCGGUACCAAAGCUCGGACAGUAGUGACUACCAUAGGGGAUGAUAUGAGUGCUACCCUAAAUUCUCAUAGCAAAUUACCACAAAUUGGAAAUUCUGUUACUUGAUCUUAUUUCUCCUUAGGAAUGAAACUUUAAUUAUGUGAUCAUUGGAUAAAAAAAGACUUUUAAAUUAACAUGAGAGUUUGUUAUCUGUGGUAGCAUCCUGCCUGUGUCGACUCAAUUGCAGGUAAAAUGCUAUUAACUUUAACAUACUUUAAUUUGUUUUGUGGUCAUUAUUCGGCGUGUGAGCUAUUUAACACUGCCACUAGAUCUUUUAAAUCUUUAAUGCAUUUAUGCUUUUUACAUGUUUUGUUCAAAUGAAAUAUUCUUAAAUUUAUUUUGUUUUAAUCGUAAUUCUUGAUUCACAUUUACUAGUUUUUUCUACAAAUGGAUGAUUUUCUUGCACUUAUCGCCAAAUUGCUCCCAUCAGUCUAUUCCAGAGAUUUUUUUAAGUAUAAAUUUUAUAAUAUUGUUAGUAUUUUACUUACAAAAUGAGCUUUUUUUUUAAAAUUAAAAUCUUUAUUUGGGAAUAUUCUAUUUUAUUUAAAAGACAAAUGUAUAAAAUUCUUCUUGCUGAAUCUUAAAUAGAU